CCGAGGACUAAAGCUACCUCCAUGCCAGCCAGAGGAAGUGAGGUCCAAGCUGGACCCCCUUCUGCAGUCCUGACACCCGAGAAAACCAACAGCCAUGGAGGUUCCUCUGGUUAACUUUGAAAAUGUGGACGAUGUGGGCAUCAACUUGGGCGACCCAAGCGACUCCGGCUACCCGACGUCGCCCACGUCGGAGGCGCCGGAUCCCGAGCGAUCGCCCCGUCGCUCUUCCCCGCGUCCAUCCCCUCGCUGGGGCCGUCGUGAGGGUGCGUCCUCUUGCACGCCAUCCAAGGCCACCUCCAGUAGCUGCAGCCUGAUGUCAAAUAUAAAGCUUGUGGUGAACGGCGAGUCGGGUUCCGACGACGUCUUCAGCAGGAUGCCGAGGGGCUGCUAUGACAACGAGGACUUAUUUGAGAAGACGGGCGGGGGGGACCGAGACCAGAGGGUGGUCAUCAACGUUUCGGGCCUGAUGUUCGAGACCCAGCUGAGCACACUCAACCGGUUCCCGGAGACUUUACUGGGCGACCCCGCCAAACGAAUACGUCACUUUGAUGCCAUGAAGAACGAGUAUUUCUUUGACCGUAACCGUCCGACCUUCGACAGCGUCCUGUACUUCUACCAGUCUGGCGGGCGGGUUCGCAGGCCGGCCAAUGUCCCAUUAGAUGUCUUCGCCAGUGAGAUCGUUUUCUAUCAACUGGGCCACGAAGCCAUGGAGCAGUUCCGUGAAGCCGAAGGCUUCAUCAACAAGCCCACGGUCUUGUUGCCGACCAACGAGCUCAAAAGACAGUUCUGGCUCCUGUUUGAGUACCCUGAGAGCUCCAGUGCGGCCAAAGCCAUUGCUUUUGUCUCCAUUUUUGUCAUCACAAUCUCCAUCUUUAUCUUUUGUCUGGAGACUCUCCCCGUAUUCAGGGAGGAAAGCGCUUACAUUCUCCGUGAAGAUCAUGCGUUUAACAAGAGCACGGAAAGUUCAAGUCCUCAACCUGCCUCAACCAGAGACUUGAUAGCCUACUUCACAGACCCUUUCUUUAUUGUCGAGACCAUUUGCGUCAUCUGGUUCUGCUUCGAGGCCGGCGUUCGUUUUGCCGCGUGUCCCAGUAAGCGCGCUUUCUUCUACAACAUCAUGAACAUCAUCGACAUCGUGUCCAUCCUUCCGUACUUCAUCACGUUGGGCACAGAGCUGGCGACCACCUCCGACGACGACGCCGCCAGCUCCGGUCAGAACUUGUCCCUCGCCAUCCUGAGGAUUAUCCGCUUGGUGAGAGUGACUCGCAUCUUCAAACUGUCCCGCCACUCUAAGGGCCUUCAGAUCCUCGGGCAGACCCUCAAGGCGAGCAUGCGAGAGCUGGGCUUGCUUAUCUUCUUCCUCUUUAUCGGUGUCAUCCUCUUCUCCAGCGCCAUCUAUUUCGCCGAAGUCGACGAGCCAAAUACGCAGUUUGUCAGCAUCCCGGACGGAUUCUGGUGGGCGGUGGUUACCAUGACCACGGUGGGCUACGGAGACAUGUGCCCCAUCACCAUUGGCGGCAAGAUGGUGGGCACCCUGUGCGCCAUCGCCGGGGUGCUGACCAUCGCACUGCCCGUUCCUGUCAUUGUGUCUAACUUCAACUACUUCUACAAUCGCAAAGCGGAGCAGGAGGAGAAGCAGAGGAUUGACGACGCCACCGAGGCCCAGAAAAACUCCAUGGCUGAAAAAUACGACAGCACGGCGACGCUGGACAAAAGCACCUGGAAUCUUGAGAAGAAUGGCUUCCACUCGUAGAACAACAUUUUCUUCCAUGAUUUUUGUACUUCUGUAGCAUGAAGACGGUAUUGAUAUCCUUGACUCGAGUUAUCUUAUUUUGGACAAAGAAAAAGCCUUUUAAGUAGUACAAUUUCCAUCCAUCCAUUUGAAUCUGGUUCUGCAGGCUAUUCAUGUAGGAUUGGACCCUACUGCACAGAACAAAAAAAUACAAUAUGGCAAGAAUCAUGCCCAAAAAUAAAGUAACCUACAGCCGUCGUAUUCUGUAGACGUAUUCGAUUAUUUGAGGAUGAAUUAAUCAGAGCAAUUCAUUGGAUGUUGUAGCUCACUCUUCAAACUCUUCUAGAUGGCAAAAAAGGUUUUAGUCAUCAACUGAGAGACAACUUCAGUAUCUAAAAAGUUCUGUGAAAAAAUGAAUGUUGGGUGUUGUUGCCAUAUUGACAAAAAUCAUACAAAAAAUAUUCAAAAUUAUUUUGUUAAAUUUGACAUAAAGGAGGGGCAAUGACGUACGAGACAGAACGAGAAACAUUUGAGUGGUGCUCAAUAGCAAAAGUGUUUUAAAUGACAUUUAGGAAUCACUUGUGUUACAUUCUGUCUCAGGACAAUUGUAAUAUACACAACAAGGGCAUGUUUAUAUAUAUUGUGCAUGGACUGUUGGACAUUUAGGGGAUCCGGCAUUUGAAGUAUUUGCAAUGUUAUUAUGUCUGUAUUGGCAUAAUGUUCCAAAGCAGAGUAUCUAAUGAAGUUCCCAGUGUUUUUGCAAUGUGUCCUUGUGGCAACCUCUCCGCCAGGCCCCUCCUCUCUUCCAUUGCAACAAUAACAAAAAAAUCAUUACUUCCACGUGAGAUUCCACUUGACCAUAUUUACUUCAAUCUAUAGUACAAGACUCUCAAGGACCCUGGGAAGUGUCCACACAUUGUGAGACGUCUUUAAUUGUAGUUGAAUGAAAUCAAAUUGAUAGCUUGCAUGUUGUAAAUGAGCUGCAGAAUUUGAAAUCAAAUGCUCAAAGAACUCGCAUGCCAAAAAAACACGUUUGAUAUUUUCUUGCCAACUGAGCAUAUUUAUGCAAGGGAGUACAAUUAAAAGCUUGUCGAAUAAAUGCACUGAAUGUUAAUUGCACUAGUGAGGCUUUAAUACACACAGGGAAGAACAUUUAUGAUCACAACUGUAAGCUUUAUGAUGUAUUAGGAGGAGCUGCACACUCGAAAUGUAAUAAUGUAUCAUUUAUACUGCAUGCCAUACAGAAAUGAGGCUCAUACUAAAGUUUGACAUAAUGAAUGUAGCUAAUUAUAAGGAUGGCUGGUCUAGUGGUCAUCAUGUGAGAGCGUUAGAUGCGCAUGCCGCAUUUCAAUUAUAACAAUGUGACAUUUGGAAGUAGGAUUUUUAGAACAAUGGCUGAGAAUGUAAUCUUGCAAUAAACGUAGUAAAUGCAAUAAUGUUGCCACAUGCGCGUAGGGGAACUCUGUUUGACCCCAGCAAAACAGCAAUAAUUCCGAUGGUAGCCAAUAAGAUCCUUUAGUGACUUGGUUGCUCUGCACUUUAUUUUAGGAAGAAGCACUUAUUCUUAUGGAGUAGAGUUGAGCGACUGAGAAGCGGAGUGGUGCGAACUCCAUUGUGGAGGGAGAGUGUAAAUAGUAAACUGAUACUACAGGAUCGGUGCUGAGUGCAAAGAUUCUUUGCCGCCCCGUGUGUCAAUAUUGGAAGUAAACUUUGACUUGGUCCAGGUUUCAUCGGAAACUGUUUGUUUCUGGGCUUAACUUGAAGGUGACCAAAAUGGAGUUAGCUCACUUGACUUCUUAGAGGCUCAGUUCUAAAAAAUGAAUGCGUGAAUGACAUGUUCUUAAUUCUGUAAGGAGUGCCUUCCAUUAAACAUGUAUGCUAAGUGUGUGGA